AUGAUACGGUUCGAUAACUGGGGUUUUGUGCCUGAUAACUUCGUCGGCGAGCGCUCCACCGAGAGUUCGGGGAUUUCGCUACCUAGUCCCCUAGCGUUGAUGGAGACGAUGCUGGUCCAUGAUUGCAUAUGUAUAGCAUAUAUACAUACAUAUGUAGUAUCUAUGCACUGUCGAAGUAGAUCAGGGAUCAAGAUGAAGCAAAACAACUACAACAUCAGCUACUAUGAAGGAAGGCCACGUACAGUCAAGACGGUUGAUAGCCCGUUUUUAAAGCCCGAGAAUCGAGAAUGGAUAGUCUCUUUGCAUCGGCCUCUAUUUCGAAGUGUCUCACCACCACUAACAUGGGGUAGGAAACGAGGUUUAUCUUCCCAUAGCGUCGCCGAUGAAGCGGAUAUAAAGCCCGAAGAUCAGCCACAAAGCGAAUCUAACGCUGAUAUCGCGGCUAUAGAGGCUGGAAAGGGAGUAGUUGAAGAUCAUCUUGAGAUAUUCUCCGCGCGACUCGGGGCCUCGACACGCCCUGAGUUGCCUUUAGUUCCUCGACUGGCGUAUCUGACAUGGAGAGACCUCUACCAAAGGAGCCGGCAUGAAGACAGCAGGCAUUUCGUCGUUCAUCAACAUGGCCAUCCCAUUGCCAGGCCACAUUAUGAUCUCAGAUUGCAGUUUUCGGGGACAAGCUCGCUCAGUUUCGCCAUCAUGUAUGGAAUGCCUGGGGAUCCAAAUAGCAAUAGAAGUAGAAAUGCCAUCGAGACAAAAGUGCAUAAUGUAGGGAACUACUUGAUUGAACUGUAUCUGAUACGUCGGGAAUCAGUCCACGGAAGCUGUUCUACAGUGGAUCAGGCCACGGAGGAUGAGAAACUUCUGCGAGAAUUUCCCCAGGCAACUACGGUAGAUUUCUCUUCCUAUAUUCCUCUGUAUUCCAGUCCUAACCAUUUCGCUACAGCGGAGGACUCGCCUGAGGCUACAUGUAACUCUACGGCUCAAAAGGGAGAAUGA